GCCUGCCGCUGCCACAUCCUCCGCUGACAUCAGCCCGCGCCGCCAUAUUAGAAGAGAAGCCGUAUCUGUUAGCUUCGCCGCCUCAGGGCGGGCACGCCGGCUCCCACCGCCACUGAUCUCCAUCUCCCCUGCCGCGGCCGAGCCCCGCUCCCUAUGACUCCUCCCGGCCGGCCCCUGCCCCGGUGCGGAUAGGGUGGAGCCAUGACUUCCCUGACCCAGCGCAGCUCCGGCCUGGUGCAGCGCCGAACUGAGGCCUCCCGCAGCGCCGCCGCCGACAAGGAGCGGGGGGCAGGGGGCGGCCUGGAGGAUGAAGGCCGCCGGGACGAGCCCGGGGACGAGGAGAAGGGCGAUUCCAAGGAAACGCGUCUCACCCUCAUGGAAGAAGUGCUGCUCCUGGGCCUCAAGGACCGUGAGGGUUACACAUCAUUCUGGAAUGAUUGCAUCUCUUCAGGAUUGCGUGGCUGUAUGUUAAUCGAAUUGGCAUUGCGAGGGCGUCUUCAGUUAGAGGCUUGUGGAAUGAGGCGCAAAAGUCUAUUGACAAGAAAGGUGAUUUGCAAGUCAGAUGCUCCUACAGGGGAUGUUCUACUUGAUGAAGCUCUGAAACACAUAAAAGAGACCCAACCUCCUGAAACAGUACAAAAUUGGAUUGAACUGCUUAGUGGUGAAACAUGGAACCCAUUGAAGUUGCACUACCAAUUGCGAAACGUCCGUGAACGGUUAGCUAAAAAUCUAGUGGAAAAAGGUGUACUGACAACAGAGAAACAGAACUUCCUUCUUUUUGACAUGACUACGCACCCUCUCACCAACAACAAUAUCAAACAGCGUCUCAUCAAGAAGGUUCAAGAAGCAGUUCUUGACAAAUGGGUGAAUGACCCUCACCGCAUGGACAAGCGCUUGCUAGCACUUGUUUAUUUAGCCCAUGCUUCAGAUGUUCUGGAGAACGCUUUUGCCCCCCUUUUGGAUGAGCAGUAUGAUUUAGCCACAAAGAGAGUGCGGCAGCUUCUGGAUUUAGACCCUGAGGUUGAAUGUAUGAAAGCCAACACAAAUGAGGUUCUGUGGGCUGUUGUAGCAGCUUUCACAAAAUAACUGCAUUCAGACUGAAGUGUUCUCUCUUCUUUCAUGUAAACCAGUUGUUUCUCUUUUACUGACUAUUCAUGUUUUCUGUAAUUUGUACCUUCUUACAUGAUGAAUCAGCUCUUGUUUAAUGGGAAUUAUAAGUGGUGUAUUCCCUCCUUCUCUGUGUAUCUGUAUACAGGAUUCUGCUGGUACAAGAGACGUUCCUGUUUAAAAACAACAGAAAAGGGUUUUACUGCCAUAUUGGCAUUCCAUUUCCUAUUCAGUUUGAGUUAUCUGAAAUACUGUCACGACCCAGACUGGACAGACCAGGGAGUCGUGUUUAAUUCGAAAUUCCCUCGGGCUAAAUUAAGGUGAAACGACACCAAACG